UGUAGCGCCAGCUCCUCCAUGUCUGCUCAAAUCUCCUGGCUGGCAUUUUCUUUCAUAUUUUUUAUGUUUGACCCGGCCACAUUAGCGGAUCAAAAUGAUAAAGACCAUGACCUUGAGACAAAAAGAACGGCUAACGCCACCAAGACUUUGGAUUUGUUGUUUAAAAGCUAUGACAAGAGAUUGCGACCAAAGUUUGGAGGAAGGCCGGUAACCGUCUAUGUUGACCUAUACAUUGUCGAUAUUGGUGAAAUCUCGGUGACCAGUAUGGAUUAUAGGAUGACAAUGUAUUUCCGUCAAACUUGGCAAGAUCCACGGCUAAGGUUCAGCGGCACGUCUCAGAUUGUCGCCCAGGGAGACAUACUGAAUAACAUAUGGAUCCCAGACACUUAUUUCAAAGAUGAAAAGAGGUCAAAUUUUCACGAAAUCACUAAGAAAAAUUAUGUGCUGACAUUUUGGCCCAACGGAACAGUAUUCUUUAGUAUAAGGAUUUCAGUCACUGGUGUUUGUCCAAUGAAGCUACACAAGUAUCCCAUGGAUUGUCAAAAGUGUCAACUGAACAUCAUGAGCUAUUCCUACUCAAAGGUUGACGCCAUAUACAUCUGGAAAAGAGGCCACGAACAUUCAGUAGAACAAGCUACUGACAUCUCCCUGCCACAGAUGGAUUUAGUAAGAAUCAAAGGUUCGGAGACAACAGAUGUGUACUCCACAGGGAACUAUUCAAGACUUAGUUUGACGUUUACUUUUAAAAGGAGACUAAGUUUGUUCAUAACAGAGACGUACCUCCCAUCUAUUUUGAUCGUGGCCUUGUCCUGGAUAUCCUUUUGGAUAAACUACAAGGCGGCGCCUGCAAGAGUCGCGCUCUGCAUCACAACGGUCCUCACUAUGAUUACUCUCACAGCAGCAGUUCAGAACUCUUUGCCUCGAGUAACUUACACAAAGUACAGCGACUGGAUACUUAUAUUAUGUUUAGUGUACGUUUUUGGAGCUCUCGUUGAGUUUGCUGUUAUCAACUUCCAUGAUAGCUUGGAGACGAGAAAGCGAGAUAAACUGAACAGGAAGCUUAAGAAAGUUGACUUGGAAAUAGGGAGUGACACAGGUGAUGGAGAACCCAGUGAUCUCAAGACGAGAUACUUACAGCGGCAACUGUCUUCAUUGCGGGAGAAAAUUAAGUCAUUUACAGAGCAAGACGUCAAUGUAGAAAGGAUUGACAGCCGCAGUAGAAUUCUGUUUCCGCUGACAUUUCUUAUAAUCAACGUGGCGUUUUGGAUUUACUUCGUUAUCGACUCCGCCAGAGAAUAAAUAUUAAAAAACGACUGGAAAUGCCGAUGGAAAGGGUGCAAUUGCAAAAGUUUAGCGAUUCGAAUUUUUUAAUUCUUUUGGUUCUCGGAUAUCGCAUCACCAUUGCGUUAACUUGCAUCCGGAGUUAAGCUUAGAGUGGGAGUGAAAAUGAAGUAAAGAACACCGUAAAUGUGUUUUGACAUUUUUGUAGAAAAGUUUGGGAAAAUUCUAUAUAGUCUGCUUCGCUAAACCUUGAACUUCUGUUUGUCAUUGGUCGAUUUAUGAAGAACGAAUGGAAAGUCUUUUUUUGGGAAACAAAUGGAGUAUCUGGUGUGAACAACUAAUUUUGAGCCCAUUCGUCAUCGUCUCUUCAGGCAUAUUAUUACAUCAUUGUCUUAUGGGGGAGUUUGGUUUCACUCGAUUUUAUGCCGGAAAGGAAGCUGGAAUUUUGAUUGACAUUGGCAUAUUAACGGAGAAAUCUAACCUCUCAUUAGUAAAAUAAAUCAUGUCCCGCGUGAAUACAACAUCCGCCACACGGUUUCUUUUGUACAUGAAAUCAACCAGUUAUCAACCUCAGGGAAGUUCAUGGUAUCUUUCGAUGUUGAGAGUUUGUUCACUAGUAUACCUCUUGAUGAAUGUAUUGAUCUGGCGAUCAGAUACAUUUAUCAAGGUAACCCUGGUCUUAAGAUAAACGC